AUGACCAUGUUGGAGUCUGUGGUGCCUCCUAAGCUGCCGAUCAGAGAGAUUGAAGCUGCUCGUACGCCGCAAGUGAUGCGGCUGGCCAAGAUGACUUACGAUGAACGCUCUCCACGUUUUCUGCGUCACCUUCAGGCUCUCGACCACCCAAGCAAAAGCAACUGGACAAACGCUGAGCGCAUCUGCUCGGAGAUGACGGCUACUGAAAAAGAUUACGUGUCUGACAUUACGGGGCUAGUGGAGCGCUUUCUAGAUCCGCUAGCUGCUUUCGCUGACAAAUAUUGCAAGACAAAAGAGGAGCUCCCGGCUUUUACAGCCCUUCGGUGUGCUGCACAUGUUAUCCUUGGAGUUCACAAAGAGCUACUGAAGCUCAUGGAGCCGCCUCAACAGCGCCGCUUUUUCACCUUUUCAAACACAAACAAUUUUGGAUCUGGCCCACUGGAAGCUGUGACCCGCGUCACUAAUGCAUUUGCUUCCACGAUUGAGUAUAUGAAGGUGUAUGCUAUCUACUGCGCCAAUUACUUACCUGCUACUGAAGAACUGAAGGCACAUGCUAAACUUCUGGAUGCCUUCACGCUAUCUCAAGCGGAUCCGGACAACAUCGAAGCGUUUGACGCUGUAUCCGACCUCAUCAAGCCUGUGCAGCGGAUCUGUCGAUACUCACUGCUGUUUCACUCACUUGUGCAGAAUGCCACAUGUCCUGAGGAAGUUGAACUGGCGAAGGAGGCGUUGGAGAGCGUUCAGCGCGUCUCUGAUCUCGUCAACGCUCGUGUCCGAGACGCCGAGCACAACGUACGUUUGCUGUCUAUCAAUGACAGCAUCGACAACGCCAAGCUUUCCUCCAAGUUGGAGCUGUUACGUCCGGGGCGUAAACUGCUUUAUGAAAUGCCAGCAGCUGUGCAGGUGAUGGAUCGGAGAGCACGUUUAGCCCGAGUGCUCCACUUGCGUUCCACAAGGUUUGAUCAGAACAGGUCGACUCAACAGCCCCACUGCGAUACGUCUAGUGUGAACAGCGAGAUGGAGCUACUUGCAGCUAACAGUGAGAGCGAGAGAGAAGAGUCUGCUUUGAGAGACAGUCUCAACUCAAAUGGCCAAGAGCGCAACAAAGACCGACAACGCGUUAUCCUGUUGUCAGAUGCGCUGUUAAUAGCUCGACGAAGCAACUCCUAUCUGCGUGUUCGUCGACACAUUUGUCUUUCGUGUGCUACAGUAGUUGAAGCUCAGGAGACAGACGAUGAUGCCGAUGGCCCCGUUUCGAGUACAAAGUCCUUCGCCCUUCUGGCAUCGAAGACUGGGCGUUGCAAUUGCCAUAACUUGAGUCCGAGUACACUUAAGAGACCCGUUAAGAGACGGUAUUCCCUUUCGAGAAGCACCUCACAACUAACAGCCGAAGGCGAUUCUUUGGAUACGCCGUCGCCGCCUCAACCAAGACUAAACCGUAACGCGCGGCAGUAUAUUGUACACUGCGAGAGCGAGCAGAAGAAAAAGGAAUUCAUCAAGUUGCUUCGAAAUGCCAUAGCACAAAACGCUCGCUGUGGGGAGCCACCACGUUCGUGUGUCAGUAUCGCAGCUACGAAUUUGUCAGUAAAGCUGUGGCAGUCCAUCAAGCAGCGAGACUUCUCGCACACAUUCUCCUUAGGCUACGGCAGCUUAUUGCGUCGCCAUGCGAACGCUGACUGCAAUAACGAAGCGGUUAAUGGCAGCACAGACGAGUCCAACUCGGACCAAAACGAGCGUCUCCUUCGAUCAUCUCGAUCAGCAACGUCAGGAGCUGCGUAA